CUAGAUCACUUCUACUGGGAAGUACUGCAACCUUUUCACCCUCUGGUUUCAAAGUUUACUGUUCCAGUAAAGCUGAUUGGGACAGAGGUCCUUGGGAUUGCCAGAUUGAUAAUGGUGGUUGUGAAAAUCAAUGCCAAAUGGACAACAGUCAGCCCCAGUGCUUCUGUCCGCCAGGUAGUCAGCUGAAAGAUAAUAAGGUUACCUGCACAGAAAUAGAUAUAUGCAGCAUUGCAACUUGUGAGCACCAGUGUGUCCCGUAUGAAGACAGCUACAUCUGCAAGUGCCAUGAUGGCUAUGAUCUGGAUCCGGAUGGCACGCGAUGCAGAGACAUUGAUGAGUGUAAAACGGGGCAGGUUGUUUGUCGUCAACAACAGGUAUGUGAGGACACACCUGGUAAAUCUGAGUGUACAUGCAAGCAAGGGUUUGAAGAGGUCGGUGGUAAAUGUGAGGACCUAGACAAAUGUUCCAAAGCCCCAUGUGAGCAUGGCUGUAUAAAUGUACUGGGGAGCUAUCAUUGUUCCUGCUGUGAGGGGUACAUCCAAGACUCAAAAGAUCAUCAGAGAUGUAAACCGUUCUGCUUAGAUAUUGAAUGUCCUGCAGUGGAGUGUGCAGAAAAAAACAACAGUUCACUGAAGGAUUGUAAUUGUCCAGAUGGAUUUGAAUUGGACACAAGGGAAAAUGUGUAUUUCUGCGUAGAUGUAAACGAAUGUGAGAUGGGGACCCACUGUGAGCAGCCAUGUGAUAACUCAUUUGGAAGUUAUACAUGUUAUUGUCAUGAUGGCUACUCUAUUGACAAUGAUGGGUAUUCUUGUGUUGAAGAUACUGAAGAAGGCUCAGGCACGACAGAUGCUACUCCAGUCAUUAGUGUUCUUGUUACCCCCACUUCAAACUAUACUAUAGAGGGGCGAACUCUGUUAACACCCGGAGCUCUUCUCGGAAUAAUCAUUUGUAUCGUGGUGAUGAUUUUGGUCCUAGUUUUUCUGGUGCACCACGUUUUUAAACAGCGUGCAAAAUAUGAUGCGUCUUCAGACUUUAAAAGCAGUGGUGCAGAACGAGAAGUCGGCCUUCUGCAGGUGACCACAGAGAAACACAUAAAAAGAUCUCUUCAAAAACAUAGACAUGAAUGUUAUAUUACCAGUUAACAAAACUGAACCUGCCAUUUCUUAAAAGUUGUAUGACCAGCUG